GUGAACGCCCGAUAUAUGGCGUGCCCGUCUCCUUGCUGUCGCCUCCACACACAACCAGAAGCUUCGCUUCACUCUGCCCUGUGCCCGCCGCCGCGCCUGCAGCCGCCGGGGGCGGGAACUUGCCCGUGCCGAUUCCACGCGCCUGCUCCCUUCUUGUCUCCGCGCAGGAAUCUGUUCACAAUGGCCCGUGUUUAUGUUGGCAACUUGGAUGCCCGGGUGACUUCUGGGGAACUUGAAGAUGAGUUUCGUGUUUUUGGAGUUCUGCGAAGUGUCUGGGUUGCACGUAAACCACCUGGCUUUGCAUUUAUCGAUUUUGAUGACAGGAGGGAUGCGGAGGAUGCAAUUCGUGAUCUAGAUGGUAAGAAUGGAUGGAGAGUUGAGCUAUCUCGUAAUUCCAGUGGCCGUGGUGGUCGUGAUCGGUAUGGUGGAUCUGAGUCGAAGUGCUACGAGUGUGGUGAGACUGGGCACUUUGCUCGUGAAUGUCGCCUGCGUAUUGGCUCUGGAGGUCUAGGCAGUGGAAGACGUCGCAGCAGGAGUAGGAGCCGCAGCCGCAGCCGCAGCCGCAGCCCCAGAUACCGAAGGAGUCCUAGUUACAGUAGAAGAAGCUAUAGCCCUCGUUACCGCUCUCCGAGGCGCCGCAGUCCUUCUCCAGCUCGUGGACGCAGCUAUAGCAGGUCGCCGUAAUGCAACAGCAACCAUUAUAGGCUAAUGGAGAUAAUGAUGCCAAUACUGGUGACCUGAAGCCUGUGCCUGAUUCUUGUUCUGUGUGAGAACUUGCUCCUUGGUUUGGCUGCUAAGAACAAAUUCAGAACUGUCGUCAACUGCAUGACUUCAGUUCAGGUUUAAUACUUUAUCUAGCAUAUUGUGAUUGUCUUGAUUAUGCUGUUAAAGAUAUUAUGAUCUGGAUGUAUUAUGCAACUAAGACAUUACCUUUCUUCUGUGUGUUAAAAAGGCGUGUUCUGCUUAAACGACUCUCGGCCAUCUACGGCUCUCAGUUGUAGUCUGCAUGGUUUUGUUCGUCCUUCAUUCUUCGCACGCCCUUGCCUGCAAACGAAUGCCAACCUUCUAUUACUCCCUGCCUUCGAUGUCUCAUCAAGUCAUCAUGACUGAAAUUCUUCACCGACGAUGCUACUUCGUCACAAAUUAUAGUAACAUUCUUUCCUCCAAAUAGUUGAUAAGGUUUGAGUUACAGGGUACUAACAAAUGCAGCUGGUGAAAGUAAUAGUUCCAUUGAUUUUCUUCAUAGAACAAGAACACAGCAUGUUGCUAACUCUGCUGUGUGAAAAUAAAUCUACAACUGUGCAUGCUGGGGAUUGGGGUGAACGAAGUGUGGGCCUUCAUCUGCACCUAGCUGGGCAUCUAAGGAACUUGAUCGGGCUGACUUCAGCAAGAGGCACAGCCUUCGAUUGACUUGGUUUUAUUCAUUGUGGCUUUGGUUCUGCACUCCAUGGCCCCUGUGUCCUGCCUUCACUGCAAAACCAUGAUUGGUCGCUUAUUUGUGCCUUUGUGGUAAGUUAUUCUUCGUAACUCGGAUAAUGCUUAUGUUGUGCCUUUGUGGUAAGUUAUUGUUCGGAACUUGGAUAAUGCUUAUGUUGUGCCUGGCUUUGUGGUAAGUUAUUCAUAACUUAAGCUGUUUUCUUUUUCUCAUCAGUGUUGUCGGACCUGUUCAGUUGUAGUAUAAACAUGUUUUCUCUAAAUAUAAUUGUAAUUGUAUGCAAUUAUGUUCACAAAAUAAUGUACAGAUUUGAGGUAUGAUCUUGAGU